AUGCGUAUUGAUUAUGAUCUUAUUUUACUUCAACCAGCUCAAGAAUGUUGUCCACAAUCAAGUGAACGUGUGAUUAGAAUUAUUUGUAAUGAUCCAAGAAAAAAUGCUGUACCAAUUGCAUCUAAUCCAUAUAUUCCAAUCAAUUAUAAUAGAUCAAAAACUCAUAUCUAUUGUGGCUAUUUAGAUAUUCUAGUGCUCAAUCAUUCAUCUAUUAAAAAUAAUACUACAAACACAAAUUCUUUAUUUCUUCUUCAAUUAACAAAUCAUUUUCAAACUCCUAUGACUUCUAUUUCAUCAUUACCAGAAUCAUCUACUCAACAACAUUUUGCUCAUGUUCUUAUGAUUGUUUCCGUUCGUCAAACACUUUCAAUAAUAGAUAUGCAAGUAAACACUUUAUUAGGACCAAAAGAAAAAUGA